GUUCACAAAGUAUUCUAAGCAUUCCCACGUAGUUUUCGCUUCCCCUUGUGGUCUAAAAUUAGGGCGCGGGGGCACAUGCGUGGCUGGGUGCCAUAAAUGGUGUGAGGGUAGGCCGCUGUGCCUCCCCUCAGUAGUGUAGCAUCUCGUAGCGACGCCUCACCCCGUCUGCCAGCUCUCUUUUCAUCCCGCUCAGCCUCAUCCGUCCUUCGUCACCUUUGUGCCGCCCUACGUGCUCCUCCUCGGGCGUGGGACAUGGUACAGAGCUGGUGGCGGCGUGCGGUGGCGUGCGGCGGCGGUCGUGGUGCGAGUGUGGAGGUUUGAGCGUGGCGCGGCGAGUGUGGUAGAGUUGGCUGGGUGCCACUAGAGGGCUCCACCGCGCUGCUCCUCCACACAUUGUAAACAGUGGAGGAAACAUGGACCCUCCCUCCAGCGGUGUCACGAAUGUCGCUAAUCCGGGUCGUUCCUCGCGGCGGGACAGUGUCGGUAACGGCGCGAUGGCCAACGGCGUAGCGGGAUCCUCGUGUGACUCUGAGGACGCCGAGGAAGUGGAGGGCGGCGGCGGGGGCGGCGGUGUGAGGGCGGGAGUGAAUGUGUUAGCGGGUGUCGGGAGUGUUGGUAGUGUUGGCAGCCUUAACGUCGCAUCAGCUGACCCGAACAACAAGGAGGACUCGGCUGCUGCCUCCACGGACGACGCUGACCAGGCAAAGGAACUCGAGGAGCUUGCCAAACUGAGAUGCCAGAGCGUGGCGACCGAGGUGGUGGCGGAGAGGUACAAGCGGCGGUGCUCAGAUUACCCUGGCUUUGCUUUCGGCUCCUCAAUAUUCAGCUCCAACACCCUGAUGAAGUUCAGCAUCAUAAAAAACGAACUGCACAACAUCAUGAACGUGCAGCUCAAGAGGGCCGAGGGUGAGGUGGCCGCCCUGAACCGCCGCAUCCAGCUCCUGGAGGAGGACCUGGAGAGGUCUGAGGAGCGCCUCAACACCGCCACCACCAAGCUGGCCGAGGCGUCCCAGGCUGCCGACGAGUCCGAGCGUGCCCGGAAGUGCCUGGAAAACCGUGCCAACAUGGAGGACGACCGCGUUGGGAUUCUAGAGGCACAGCUGGCACAAGCGAAGCACAUUGCAGAGGAGGCUGAUAAGAAAUAUGAAGAGCUGGCCCGCAAGUGUGUUAUGUUGGAAAAUGAUUUGGAGAGGGGUGAAGAGAGGGCAGAGGCGGCAGAAGGGAAGAUUGUGGAGCUGGAGGAGGAGCUGAGGGUCGUGGGCAACAACCUGAAGUCCCUGGAAGUGUCUGAGGAGAAGUCUGCACAGAAGGAGGACUUGAUGGACAACCAGCUGAGGAGUUUGACCCAGAGCCUGAGAGAGGCUGAGGCUCGUGCUGAGUUCGCUGAAAGGUCUGUGCAGAAGCUCCAGAAGGAGGUCGACAGGCUUGAAGACGAACUGGUUAACGAAAAGGAGAAGUACAAGUCAAUUACCGACGAGCUGGACCAGACGUUCAGCGAACUGUCUGGCUACUAAACAAACACUGUUGCUCUGCUCUUCCGCCACCUCUCUUCUUAUGCCCAGCUGGCCUGUUACCUUAUUUUAUUUUUUUUUUUUCCACAAAGCUUAUAUAAAUUUGAGUUUAUAAGGAUUCCUUUUACUUUUGUUUUUUGAGUUGCAUUUGACAUCCUGUUAAAUCGACAUCACCAAAUCAUUCGCAACGAUUGGUCAAGUCUCUGCCAUCUGAUCAUUUCAAUCCUGAUAUACACAAACUUGAUUUCUCAAUUCUUAAAAAUUUGCCUUAAGUUGUUCAUGUGUUGUUUCAUGAGUCAUGAUGCAAACAUGCCAGAGUAUUUAUUAUUGCCACUCUACGUACGUCGUGAGCGUCUGCACGAUGCUGCAGCAGCGGCGGCGGCGGCGGCGGCAGCCCCGUGCUGUAAACUUCUCACCGUCUGUUACAGAUGAACUUGUUAAUGAGAAAGAGAAAUAUAAGAACAUUGCCGAUGAGAUGGACCAGGCGUUCUCAGAAUUGUCAGGAUUCUAAGUGUGGCAAACAGCUGGUGGGCGCCCACAUGGUGCUUGGAUGGACAUGGGUCACUGCGGGUGUGUGUGCGGGGUAGCCCAGGCUGCACCGCCCACACCCGCGGCUCCCCACGUCCCAGCGGACUGACUUGACUGACGGCCCAGACGCGCCCCACCACCACCACCACCACCACCACCGUCACCUUUACAACACAACACCACCUGGCCACCAUCGUCCGCCUGAGUGGGCUGGGUCCUGGAGUGGCGGCCACGUGCCGCACCAGCGCCGCGCCACCACCACCUCCAGCGCAGCGUGGGGCUCCGGGGUCUGGCCCACGUCUAGAUGUUAUUGUAUGUAAGGGUGCAAAGGUUCACCUCGAGUUGCAAUCAGUCCUUAUGCGUUAUGCAUUUACUAUAUGAAUUAUUAGUAAUAUAUAAGUUAAUAUUAUUCAUCAUUUAAAAAAAAAAUCUGGAUCUUAUACUUACAGAAUGAUUGUACACUGUUUAACGUGUAAUAAAUUUUGUAAACAAAGAGAGUAAUAUCUAUGUCCCACGUGAAGUGGAGAUGAAAGUGAAGAGCUCUCUCUCUCUUUUCAUGUAUUUAUUGUGGUAAGAAAGCUUAAAACUAAAAAACUAAAAAAAAAACUAGGUUGUCCUAGUUGUACUGUGCUGUUCCUGGUCACCGCUUGGCUGCCACACUGAGCCUCGCUCCUCGCCAGCGACCACACCAUGUACAUCUUGCGUACAAUAAAAUUUGUCCUUCCUCUCCACCGAGAUUGUAAUGUGUCAGUUGUCUGCCAUACUGGGAUCUGACUGAAAUACACUAUACUCGAGUGCA